GCAACACUAUUGAAUUAAUUGCCUUUGUCAUAUGAAAAUGAAAAUGAAAAUGAAAGAGAAAUAACCAUUACCAACACUCCCGCUGCAGCGUCUUCCUCCUCGCUCCAAACUACUCAAACCAAAGGUGUUGCGAUUAUGCUAGGGAUCAAUCAUCCAGAUGCAGUAACUAUUUAGGGGAAAACAAUUUUCAGAUUUUCUGUGGUUGGUUAUUGCUGUUUGAGAAGUGAGAAAUCGUUGACAUUACUCGAAAAUCGAAAUUAAAUAUAUACUCUUUCAAUCAAAGAAUUGAAUUUUAUUUAUGGCGUGUGAUUGUAAAGGAAAGUUAAAUGUGAGAAGACCUCACUUCUAUGAGGUGUAUUCUCUUGCUUCUAGCUCUGAAACUAUGAGGAUUCCAGAUGGUUUCAUUUGUCAAAUGGAGGGAAGGACAUGCGGAUUAGUUUCAUUAACAGGUCCAAGUGGAAACACUUGGCAAGUCCGUUUAGUUGAGCAGAACAAUUAUCUAUUCUUCCAUCAUGGAUGGUCAACAUUUGUGGGAGAUCAUAAUUUAAAAUAUGGCGACCUUUUGGUUUUCAGAUACGAGGGUCAGCUGCAUUUCACUGUGCAAGUAUUUGGUGAGAAUGCAUGCGAGAAAGAAGCAGCAUUUCAUUCUGAAUGCAAUCUAAAUUCAUUUAACUUCGAUAAUAUUAAAGGACAGAAAAGUGAUGCUAUGGAGAGUUCUUCUUUGGAUGUUGUCGGAGGUGAUCAGAGGAAAAUGAGAUGCGACACCAUUGAAAACCAGGAGCUUGCUCUGGGUAUUGCUGGUAGAGAUCUAUCCAAGUAUGAGGUAGUUAAACCAAUUAGUAUUAUCAGAGAAAUAGAAGAAACAUACAAAGAAUGUUCAACUAGUGCUGUCCCUGUUCCUUUUCACCCAGCAAAUAUCAAUGAAGAUGAAGAGGCAGCCAUCUUGUAUAGAAGUGGGAAGGAAGAUGAUCAUUAUAUUGUCAGCGGAGCUUCAAUGUCAAAGUUAUCAGCACAUGAUGAGAAAAAGAUAGCCCAGUCAUUUACCUCCUCUUUUCCAUAUUUUGUGAAAAUAAUUAAAAGCUUCAAUGUCAGUGGUUCAUAUACUCUGAAUAUACCGUAUCAAUUUUCGAUGUCACAUUUUCCAAACUGCAAGAUAAAGAUUAUUCUUCAUAAUUUGAAGGGAGAACACUGGACUGUUAAUUCCGUUCCAACAACUAGAGUGCAUACAAGUCACACUCUUUGUGGAGGAUGGAUGGCUUUUGUUCGUGGCAAUAACAUAAAGGUUGGAGAUGUUUGCAUUUUCGAACUUAUACGCGAGUGUGAAUUACGUGUUCGCGUUGCUGAGGUUGGAAAAGAUGGGCUGGACUGCCAGGUUGGAAAACUAGCUUUUAGUAUGCUUAGUACAGGGCAUGAUGUCGCUUGCAAUAAGACUUCCAAAUAUAAGCCAAAGAAUCCUAAAGUCAGCUCAAAGUGCAGAAACAAAGUUGAUCUAUUUGAUAAAAAAAUUUCAAAGAUCGGUCAAGAAGCUGUUUUAUCCAUUGACUUAAAAACAUCUGGUAGAGCUUCAAAUACUUCGAAGAAGAUGGGGCUUUGUCCCCAAUCGAAAGCUUCCCAUAAAAAGUUGGCUGUAUCAAGGAGACAUCGUGUGGAAGAUGAACUAAGCUCCCAGGCUAAAGCUGGUUUGAGAAUGUUGUUUGCACUCGACGAACAAAGAGUAGCUCAAGCUUUUUCAUCCCCAUUUCCUAAUUUUGUGAAAAUCAUGAAGAAGUUCAAUGUCAGUGGAUCAUACACUUUGAAAAUCCCAUAUCAGUUCUCUGCUGCACAUCUCCCCUCAUACAAAACAGAAGUUACGCUUCGCAAUUCAAAAGGCCAAUGUUGGACUGUGAACUCUGUCCCAGACGCUAAAGGGAGAACAAUUCACACCUUUUGUGGGGGAUGGAUGGCCUUUGUUCGUGAUAAUGACAUCAAUUUUGGGGAUACUUGCAUUUUUGAGCUUGUUUCUCAUUAUGAGAUGCAGGUUUAUAUAUCUGGGGUUGGAAAGGAAGGUCUUGAUGAUCAAAAUGGUCUUGUGAAACUUAACGGCUAGUUAGUAGCUACUGUUCCAUCUACGUAGCUACUGUUCCAUCUACAUGCUAACGUUCUUGUUUGAGACAGAUAAAUCAAUCUUCAAUGAAGAUCUUUUGUUGUAAGAGUAGCAAAAGACUUUAUUCAUUUUAUGCAUGUCAGUAAAUUAGCUGUAUCAUCUCUAAUCAAGAUCAUAGAAUGCAUUGAUUAUAUAUUAUGCCAUUGUUGUUUUAGUUCAUUAUAACAUUCAGUAGGCUCGUGAAAUGUUGGUCUCGUACAGGCAAGAACCACACACUGAUUUUUGUACAUGUCUCGCGAUUCAUGAGUUAAUUGUUGUCUUGUUAUGUAGCACAUUGUACAUUUUUCAACGGGAGUUUGACCACUUUGUACACCCAA